AUGAACUCCUACGUCGGUGGGUACAACACCCAUCGCCGCGGCUACGCGCCAAUGGCUCCUCCGCCGAUGCAGAUGCCUUCUGGCUGGGAGAUGGCGUACACUCCCAACGGCGAGAUCUACUAUAUUGAUCACAAUACGCGCACCACUCACUGGCAAUUGCCGGCAGAGUACAGCAUGCAGCCGCCCAUGUGCAGCUACCGUGGCCCGCAGCGCCAGCGUCGCGGUAUUGAUCGUAGCAAGGCCAAGACGAAGAUGUGCAUGAACAUCGAGAAUGGCGGGACUUGCUCGUACGGUUCUAACUGCGCUUUUGCCCACUCUUCAGAGGAGCUCUCAACCCACCCUCAUUUUAAUCCGGCUGCUGACUCCGGGAGCUACCCGAAGUAG